AGCCGGCGGGGAGGGGAAGGGAGGAGAGGAUAGGAGGAGGAGGCGGCCGGCAGCGGGCUGACCUUCAGCGGCGUCGGCGACGGUGACGGUGGUGGAGGAAGAGGAUUCGCCAUGUUUGCGAGGACGGGCGUCCUGGUUCUGGUGCCCCAAUGGGGUCAAGUCCGAAACAUGGCAACUCUGAAAGAUAUCACCAGGCGCUUGAAGUCCAUCAAAAACAUCCAAAAGAUCACCCAGUCCAUGAAAAUGGUGGCUGCAGCAAAGUACGCAAGAGCUGAGAGGGAGCUGAAGCCAGCAAGAGUUUAUGGAACAGGAGCUCUGGCCCUGUAUGAAAAGGCGGAAAUUAAAGCUCCUGAAGACCAAGCCCGGCACCUAAUUAUUGGCGUGUCCUCUGACCGUGGUCUCUGUGGAGGAGUCCACAGCAACGUUGCUAAAAACAUACGAAAUCAAAUGCAGCAAUUGACUUCUGCGGGUAAAGAGGUCAAGAUUGCUACGAUUGGGGACAAGCUGAGAGCACUGUUGCACAGAAAAUAUGGAAGUAAUAUCCUAUUGAUGUUCAAGGAAGUGGGCCGGAAGCCACCUACCUUUGGUGAUGCCUCGUUUAUUGCCGCUGAGCUCCUGAACUCGGGCUAUGAGUUUGAUAAAGGUGCUGUAAUAUUCAACAGAUUCAAGUCUGUGAUUUCCUACAAUACUCAGGAGCAGCCCGUGUUCUCCUACGAUGCCCUUGCAGGUUCUGAGAACUUGAGUGUUUACGAUGACAUUGAUGCUGAUGUUCUCCGAAACUACCAGGAGUUCUCUCUGGUGAACAUCAUUUACUUUGGGUUGAAGGAAUCGACUACAAGCGAGCAAAGUGCAAGGAUGACUGCCAUGGACAGUGCCAGCAAGAAUGCCUCUGAGAUUAUCGACAAGCUGACGUUGACGUACAAUCGUACUCGCCAGGCUGUCAUCACCAAGGAGCUCAUCGAGAUCAUCUCUGGAGCUGCUGCUCUGUAACUACGGUGACCCAGAAAGAAACAGAUAAAAGCACGAUCCUGUUGGAAGAUUAUGAUAUGGAAUUUCUACUACUUUAGUGCAACUCUAAAGUUUGUAAAUUAUAAUGCAGUAAAAACCUUACACAGUGAA